AUGGUUAAGAUAACUGUUUUGAAGGUUGAUAUUGAUUGUUUCAAAUGCAAAAAGAAACUUAUCAAAGCUGUUUCAUCUCUUCAAGGGAUAGAUAAAAUAGAAGUUGAUGAAGAGAAAGGAAUUUUGACUAUAACAGGGAAUGCUGACCCAUAUGAUAUAAUAAUUAGAAUAAAGAAAGUUCGAAAAAAUGCUAAAGUUCUGAGUAUUGGGCCUCCCCUUAUCCCACCUCCUCCCAAAAAAGAUUCUCAAAAGAAGCCCAAGGAAAAUAAAAAGCCCAUAGAAAAGCCCGAAGAAAAAGUUGAAGAAAAGAAUAUGUCCGAAGCAGUAGUGACUCAGUAUAUGGUGAUGCCUCCUCAGUACUACCACCAUGCUCAACCAGUUGCUGUGCUACACAUGACUAGGUGGGAUGAGCCUGAUACAUCUUGCACUAUUAUGUGA